AUAAACCACAAUUUGAACCCAAAAGAAAGCGAACCCAGUUUCCCAAAAUGUUUAGUAAUUUAAUCUGUGGCGUUUCCAAUCUCCCGGAAGAUCAUCAAGACGAUGAACAUGAUCAUCAGUCAUGGAGCAGUCCUGGUUCAACACCGAGAAAAUCAAGAACAAAAAACAACUUCUGCAGCAAGAGACACAAGAAGAAUAACCCAUACGCCAUGCGAGGACUAGACAAGUUCUCUGCACUUCUCACCGAGCUCGAACAGAAGAAGCAGAAAAUUUACUCGCAGGCUGACUCAGACGACAUCUCUUUCGUCCGUUUCGUGUAUUCCAAUUCCAACGAGUGUGUCCCAAUGGUGAUCAGAGUCAAGAAGAAGGAAAAGGAAAUAUUUACUGACAAAACCAUGGUUGAAGACGACGAUGUUAAAGACAAUGAGAAGAAGAAGAAGAAGAAUAUUUAUUCAGAAGGCUUGGAGGAGGUUCAUGGCGAGAAAAACCCAGAUUCAGAAUCUGAGAAAAAGUCGAUUGAAAAUGAAAGAUGGGUGACGUGGAGAUCAAUCAUGAGGAGUCAUCAAUGGCGGUGGCUGGGGAAUCAUAUGCCGGCGGCGUUGAUCUUGAUAUUGUUUUUUCUCGCUCUUUUCGGCCGAUCAUUUGCAGUGUUGUGUACUUGUUUUUGGUGGUAUAUCGUGCCUAUGAUAAAGGGGUUUUCAUCUAAUCAGAGGUCAAAAUCAAAAUCAACGAAGAAGAAGAAGAAGGUGAUCGGCGGCGGACUGCAGUCGUCUUCUCCUGUUAAAAAUAUUACUAAUUCCGGCAAAGAUGAUCAUGAUCCGAACUACUACAGAUCUCCCAGACAACAUGGUCAUCAGAAAAGCUGGUGAAGAUAUGUUUAAUUUCUUUUACUAAUUCAUUUUUUAGUUCUUUGAUUGGAGGGCAGAAUGUAGAUUAUGGGGAAUGAGAAAUUGGAAUUCUCGUUUUGUUUUGAUGCAAGGUUGGGUUGGGUUGACAAGGUCAACUCCAUUGACAUGUUCAUAUAUGUAAAUUGCGAACGCUAUAAAAAGUUCUAACUCAACCCAUGUCUGUGUAAUGACAUAGUGGUUUUUGUAAAGAGAGACCUUUCUUAAUUGGGUGUUUUUCUUUUAGCAAA